GGCCGCCACAGCAACAGAAACUACGGCCGGGAUGUUCAGCUGGCUAGGGAAGCAGGGCGGGCGCGGCAGGCCCGGCGAAGGCGAGGACGUGGUGGAGACGGUGACCGGCGGGCUGAAGGAGCUGUACACCAAGAAGCUGCUGCCGCUGGAGGAGCACUACCGCUUCCAUGAGUUCCACUCGCCCGCCUUGGAGGACGCGGACUUCGAGAACAAGCCCAUGGUGCUCCUCGUGGGCCAGUACAGCACGGGCAAGACCACGUUCAUCAGGUACCUGUUGGAGCAGGAUUUCCCAGGAAUGAGGAUUGGUCCAGAACCAACUACAGAUUCUUUCAUCGCUGUCAUGUAUGGAGACACUGAAGGGAGUACUCCAGGGAAUGCCCUUGUAGUGGACCCCAAGAAGCCGUUCCGCAAACUCGGCCGUUUUGGAAAUGCAUUCUUGAAUAGGUUCAUGUGUGCUCAGUUACCUAAUCAGGUUCUGAAGAGCAUCAGCAUCAUAGAUAGCCCUGGCAUUCUUUCAGGAGAGAAACAGCGUAUCAGAAGAGGGUAUGAUUUCUGUCAGGUCCUGCAGUGGUUUGCUGAGCGGGUUGAUCGAAUCAUCCUCUUAUUCGAUGCCCAUAAACUUGAUAUCUCUGAUGAGUUCUCAGAAGCAAUCAAAGCGUUCCGGGGUCAUGAUGACAAGAUCCGGGUAGUGUUGAAUAAGGCUGACCAAGUGGACACCCAGCAGUUAAUGAGAGUCUAUGGUGCGCUCAUGUGGUCCUUGGGUAAAGUGAUUAACACACCAGAGGUCUUGCGGGUCUACAUUGGUUCGUUUUGGGCCCAGCCCCUGCAAAACUCAGAAAACCGGAAGCUGUUUGAAGUGGAAGCACAAGAUCUGUUCCGGGACAUCCAGAACCUACCACAAAAGGCAACAGUGAGGAAACUCAAUGAUCUUAUCAAGAGAUCACGUCUUGCAAAGGUACAUGCUUAUAUCAUUAGCCAUCUGAAGAAGGAAAUGCCUUCAGUAUUUGGAAAAGAAAACAAGAAGAAGGAACUGAUAAAUAAACUGCCAGAGAUCUAUCGUCAGUUGCAACAAGAGCACCAGAUCUCACCAGGAGACUUCCCAGAAGUCAAGAAAAUGCAGGAACAACUAGAGAACUAUGACUUCACCAAGUUCCAUUCUCUGAAACCAAAGCUGAUUGAAGGUGUAGACAACAUGCUGGCCCAUAAAGUUGCCUACCUAAUGACACUCGUUACCCAAGAGGAGCGUAGCACGCCAGCACAAAAGGUUCAAGGUGGGGCAUUUGAUGGCACCACAGCUGGACCUUUUGACCAAGGCUAUGGGGAAGGUGCCAAGGAAGGAGCCGAUGAAGAGGAAUGGGUUGUUGCCAAAGAUAAGCCUAUAUACGAUGAAAUCUUUUACACUCUCUCGCCAGUCAAUGGCAGGAUCUCUGGGGCCAAUGCAAAGAAGGAAAUGUUGAACUCCAAACUGCCAAACAGUGUCCUGGGGAAAAUCUGGAAGCUUGCUGACUGUGAUAACGAUGGCAUGUUGGAUGAAGAAGAAUUUUCAUUAGCAAAACAUCUCAUCAAGAUAAAAUUGGAGGGAUAUGAACUUCCUAAUAGCUUGCCCAUCCACCUGGUACCUCCAUCACACAGAAAAUCUUUGCGUGGAGCAGAGCGAUAAAAUGCAUUGUAAAAGCAUGCAGAAGGGUGGGAUCUUGUUACACUGAAAAUGGUCCAAGUUUGUUUUUAAGACACUUGAAAGUAGGGUUAAUGGCAAGCAUUUUCAGGGCCAGUUUGAACGUUCAGCAUUUCCUGUUUAAAAAAAAAAUCACUUUUGCAUAGGAAAACACUUGAAAGCCGUCAAGGCUGAUCAAAGUCUGUUUCACUGCAUGUACAUGCCUUGGGAAGUAUUGAUUAGCUGCAGCUUCCCAGUGUGUGUGCAGGCGUUCAAGUAUGUCCUUGCAACAUGUAUUCGCACUAAAAUUGACACAUGGAUAAUCUAUGACAUGUAUCAUGGCAGCUGUUACACUUUCUACUGAAAAUGCUUUCUGAUGUUCGAAGUAGCCCUGAGUCACAUGCUACAUUCCAUGCAAGUUACAGGAACCAGCAAUGUAGCUUAGGGAUAAACUUGUGGGAAUAUAUUUGCAAGCCCCUAACUAAAGUGUUCAUUAUAAGUGCCUGUUCAGUGGCCUUCUGCAGACUUUUGUAGGUAAGAAGAAGUGUCACACUUGCCAUUUCCCCCCAUUGUGUUUACAAUCAAAAUGGUCAAAGGGAAUUGGGUAGGUGUAAAAUAACUUAAGCUACACCAGAAAUUAAUACUUAGAAAAUGCAAUGCAAAACUCCCUUGGUUCUUCAAAUGGAAAUCUAACACUUUAAAACCAUCUUCUAACAAAAGGCACUGAUUUGUUCACUAAUGAUACUUGAAAUCACCUGUACUCCUGAAAUUCCAUGUAGAUCUUGUAAGCUUCCUUCUUUUAAUCAAAAAUGUAAAAGUGUGCCUUAGACUAAUCCUUCUUUACAAAUUGAUGCUCAUUUGGCAAAGGAGAAAAAGGGAAGAUAUGCGUGGAAAGAACUUUAGCAUGGAUAUGAAAUUCAGUGCAAAUAAAAUCAGUGAAUUAUUAUAAUAUAAUUAUAUAUUUAAAUUGGCAUGUUUAAAUCAUAUCAAAGUUCUGUACUUCCUGUAGAGGUUAUCCCUGUUGCGUUUUUAUAACUAGGAUACAUAAGGAGAACCCUGCUGGAUUAGACCAAGGCCCAAUCUAAUCCAGGGUAUUGUUUCAAAAGUGACCAGUCAGAUGCCUCUGGCAACCCCACAAGGUGUAAAUGCCAAAGCACUCUCCAUUCAUCUGGUAGUUGGAGGUAGGCUAUCCCUGAACAUGGAGGUUCUAUUUAGCAUCAUCCCUAAUAGCUCGUGAUAAAGUUAUCCCUAUUUGUCUUUUCCCUUUGUAAAGCUGUCUAAGAUGGCUGCCAUUACCAAAUCUUGUGGGAGUGAAUUCCAGUGGUCGAUCGUAUGUUACAAUACUGUGAAGCUCCUGAUAGUUGAUUUUUUUUAAUGUAUUGUACAUUAAUGUAUAGGGUGGAAAAUUAAGUUUCUCUUCCUCUGGUUUGCAAAAAUAUCUAUUUGGAGAGUUUAACCCCAAAAGAAAUAUGACUUUGUUUAGAAAGGCUUUUACGUAUUUGACAGAGCUAUAUUGUGUCAAUAAAGGAUGUACUGGCUGAAA